AUGGUUAUUUGUCCUCGGCCUACGAGUGACUGCUAUUUGGGAACCUGUAGUAACUGUCCUGGCUCGACAAAAUUAAGAAGAACGAUCGAAAAUAUUUUCAAUGAUAACUUUGUAGAUGAAAUAACGUAUAAACAAUGGACUCAAGUAGAUCGAUGUUCUUUGGAAACGAUUGUGAAAUCAACUGAUGAUUUCGUUGAUAAUUUGGUAGAAUCUAUUCCAAAAUUCCUUCAGCAUGAUUUUAUUGCUCGUCAACAGGCUGAAUUUUUUCAAACUACGAAAAAGAAUCUCGAAGUUGGACAAGUACUUGUUGUUGCUGACUUCUCAGAAAAUUACUCAUUUUUACUUCAAAACAGUGUCCAAGGAGCUUAUUGGAAUAAUAGUCAAGCGACAAUCCAUCCAUUUGCUUGCUAUUAUAGAUCCAUUGAUGAAAAUGUCGACAAUAUAGUACCUCUAAAUUUGAUAAUCAUUUCAGACAACUUGACGCAUAAUACAACAGCAGUUUAUAGUUUCCAGGAAGUACUGACAUCGUUUCUGAAAAAUAAAAUCCCAGACAUUUCUAAAAUAAUUUAUUUUUCGGAUGGUGCAGCAUCUCAAUAUAAAAAUCGGUACAAUUUGCUGAACUUGCUGCAUCAUGAGGAAGAUUUUCAAAUACCAGCGGAAUGGCAUUAUUUUGCAACUUCACAUGGAAAAGGUCCAAGUGAUGAUUUAGGCGGAACAUUAAAACGGAAGGUUGACAGAGCCAACCUCCAAUCUAAAGCUGACGACCAAAUUCAAACACCUGAUGAGCUAUUCCAAUGGGCAAAAGAAAAUAUCUACGAGUUCGUUGAAGAACCAGAUAUUAAAAGCAGGUUAAGAAAAAGAAAAGGAGCAACAACAGUAACUGAAGAAUUGAAGAAAAAAAAAUUUUCGUAACAGAAUGUCAAGUAAACUUACACGUAAAAAGCCCUAUUAAAUAAAUUAAUAACCAAUAAUAAACAAAUAUCAUUAAUGUUUUUUUUCUCAUCAU